UUAGCUCAGGGCUAAUCUUCCUCAAAAAGAAAAGAAAAGAAAAUGUAUAGUAAUUCAUAAACAAAAACAUGUUUCUUAAAAAAUGGCUAUCUUUUCUAAGAUGAGCCAUAAAGAAUAGUAUGCAAAGAAUUUUCGAAGAAAGAUGUUUCAAUUCAGUGUUCUAGACUCCACGUAUGACCUCUCCAGGAUGACUAUCAUCCAAAAAGAGAAGUUUAGGAAGCUAAGAUGUUCAUGAAGACAUCUCAACUUGAUUUCAUCCAGCUCAAUAAAAACAAAUGCUAUUUCCCCUUUUCGUCUCGUCUGGAAUAUUUGGGGCAAGUUUCCGCUUAUUUGGUGCACAAUUUCAAAACAGCAAAAUACGAAAAAGCAGAACUUGUGAAAAAAGUCCAGCAGUGUUCAAAAUUUGCUUUAACUUCUUUCUUUCCAUCUGUUUCUCUUUAACUUUUCCUAUUUUAUUGUUAAUGCACAUGUAUGUAUUUACAGUGAGUUUGCACUUGUUUUUUGAAGACAAAAGAGAAAUUAUUCCCAUGAAACAGAUCUAUGUAUUUGUUUUUAUUGAAAAGUAAGACACUUUGUAUGUACCUCCUACCAUGGUGUUUUGGUUUGUUUGUAAAGGAAAAAAAUCUGAUUUUACGUAUGUCCAACAAUGAUUUGUGUAUGACCUUGUUUAUUUAACAGCAUCUGACUUCCUUGGGUAGAACCAUCAGUGUUCCCUCACUCAGGAUCUUUAGGGAGGGGCAUCAUCUAGACGCAGAGAUGCUUUCUCUUAUGCAGAUAAGGUGAGUUGGCAAGUUGCAAUCAGCACCUACCUGCUUCCUCUCCAUAUAACCACCGUGAAGAAGUGUCUCCAACUGGUGUGUCUCAUUAGAACUUAAAAUGGGUUUUCCCACAAAAACAAGGUUUAUAAAAGGUGUAUGUAUUGAGUUAAAAUAGUGCGAUGAACUAUGUUCCAGAUACAUUAUGAAUUAAAGAAGCCUGAAAAGUUCCCAAGUGCUAAAAAAAUGAACAAACUCUUUAGGCGUUCAUUUCUUGAGAUUUAAGAACCUGGCUUCGUUAACAGUUGAUAGUAUUUUCUUCCUUGCACUUUUGAUUUUCAUCUAAAGAUUGCCAGAUGUUUUGCAAUGCUCCCUCGUUAUCACUUGUUUCGGAGCUGUAUGAAUGCCUCGGAUACCGAUGUUUACUUUAUGUGUAUGUGACCCAUCUAUUCCUAUUCUGAGAAGCACCUGUAAGCUUGUUUCUCUGCCCUGGUAGAGGAGCUAGUCAGCUCUCAGAGUGACGGGGCCUUUGCUGCUUUGUUUGCACAUUAAUUGCACAUUUAAUUUUACAUAUAAAUCAGGACCCAUGCCAAGAGCUAAAGAGAAGUCAGAGGAAUCAUAAAAGAAAUAAGGAACAGCUAUUACAUAAAACGUAACAUUUCUCUCUGCCUCAUUGUCUCUCUAUUCAGUUUCAUACGCAUUUCUCCCCGCCCAUAGACGUCACGUGGAUUCUGUUGGGCAGAUGCUUGCCCUGACCGAAGCGUAGGAAAGCGGGCGCCGUGGGGACCGGAACGGCUGAAUCUGUGCCCCUCAGUUUUUGUUGAGUGGGCUUGUGAGGCGCUGUGGAGAAAGAGCCUCCCAAGCUCUGCAGACUCAGGCAGCAGCUCAGCUUGCAGGGCGGCUUUAUGCUCAGCCCCAGAGGCCGCGUUUGAGUUACUGCUCCCGGGGAUGAAGAAGAUAAGCCCACUCUCUACGUGUUCAAUGCUGUGACCCAAGAGACGAUGCCGAUAAUGGAGAGCAUUUCCCUUCUUGGUAAAAAAGUGUCUGAUCUGAGAACACUGGUAUCUCUGAGGUGUGGCUUCCCCGUGAGCGUCUUCUGCCUCAGGACCCCAAAGGGACUGGAGAUGUAUGACUGCAACACCCUCAGGGACUACCAGACUGACAUCGGCGCAACACUUCGCUUGGACGUCUGGGAUGGAUGGAAGGAAUUUCUGAUGGGUUGUCUCCUCGGACAAAAACUUAAAGUGCAACGCUAUUUAUCAAACGAAGGACCAGUACUCAAGUAUCAGAAAAGGGUCGCCCUGUACAUCGCCGCCUUUCACGGCCACAUCGAGCUCACUGAGUGGGCCCUGAAGCAGGGCGUGCGGCCCAACGAAGCGGUGGGUGCUCACCCCUGUCGAGCAUGGUGCCACGAAGCCCUUCACGCGGACGUCGCGAAAUGCCCCAUUCACGCAGCUGCAGAGGCGGGGCAGCUGUUGAUUCUGAAGGCCUUUGUCAACGGCAGCGUGCUGUGCCUGGAAUGCAGAAAUGCGGAGGGACAAACUCCCCUGACCGUCGCGUUCAAACACAGGCACAAAGACUGCGUGUUAUAUCUGUUGAGUAAAAUGUGGUCCACAGUUUCUUUUCCGAAAAUUUCAGUCCCCAUGAGGGUUUAUAUUAAAAUAAAACAAUGGAUCCUGAGAGCUCAGAGUCACGGCCUUAAUAAAAGCCAGCUUUGCGGAGUCAGGGUCUUUGGGGCCAAAGUCGGGGACACUGUGAUGGUGGAUGGUUUCAGCAAACCCAGAAUGACCUCCAAGAGCUGGCAUAAGGCUGAGAACCAGGACUUGCAAGGCACCGUGGGUAAGCUCCCGCCCCUCGGGGAGCAAACUGCAGGCCAGAGACCUGGCAGUCCUUGGGCCAUUCCACAGCAGGGCACAAGGGAACCAACCCGCAAAGUGCCUCCGCUGGGAGAUGCAGAUGUGUUCUCUGAAUUGCAAAGACAUCAACAACAAAAUCGGAAAAAAGUUACUGCCGCAGCUGGGAAAAAAGUGAAGCUCAUAAAAAAUACGUAUCUUCCUCACGUCCCCCUCCCUCCCGUUUCAAGAGUGGGCUACUCACACCCCUCGUUUUACUACGCAACCCCCAGUGCUGACUUUCUACUCAGAUCCUCCUUCUCAUCGUUCUCGGAGCACAGCGGGAGGACUCCCAGGGAGAACGCCAUCUACUGCUUGGCCGUCGCCAGUGCCUUUAAAGAGAAACGAUGGCUUCAGCAGUUAGGAAUAGCAAGAGUUCUAGCAAAAAAGAGCAUUUCUAACCUGACUACCCAAGGAGGCCUGACGGCAUGGAAAAAUCCUUGGGAAACUGAAACUGCACUGAAAAGUCAUGACAACCCCAGUGUGGGCGAAGACCUGUUCAAACAGAACCUCCAGCUCUAAUGUUAACAUUCCUAACAACUCAGCCUAUAAUUCCUAACAACAGUCCAAAUGCUGCACGACUUUCAACAGGAUAUUUAAUGUUUAACACCAUGUUUUCUUGAACUCCAUCACACUAAGUGAAAAUCUAGGCCAUUUGUUUUUGCACAAAGAGUCUGAGGAAGAAUUCAUAAGAACCUGAGAAUGCAGUCGCCUACAGGGAAACUGGGAGGAUGGGAAACAAGGAUGGGAGUGAGAAUUUUUACUGUUCCUUUCUCUUUUUUGGUUUUCCUGGGUUUGUUUUUAAUGCUUUUAUUUUUUUAAACCAUAUGAAUUGUAGUCUAUAGUUAAAAAAAAUAAAGAGAAUUCUGUAAGCACCGGGAAAGCCCCUAGGACACUUAGAAAGACCAUGUAGGUCUAGGACUGGCCUCAGACAUCUUCUGAACUUCUGCUAAAGCAUUGCUUUCUAUUAGUUUUUACAAACUGACGUAAAGUUUACAAACAGUGAAUUGCACAGAUCUUAAACGUAAGAUUCAAUGGCUGUGACAAAUACAUAGAUCUGUGUAACCAACACCCCAGUCAAGAUGUAAACACUUCCAUUACCCCGGAAAGUUCCUUCAGGCUCCUGAGUCUGCCCCAGUCCCCUCCAGACGCACGACUCUGAUUUCUCUCUCUGUGCACAGUUUCCCAGUCAAAGGAAUCAUACAGUCAUGCACUUUCGCACCUGGGUUAUUCUGCUCAACUUGACGUUCUGAGAUUUAUUUCCUUUGUUGCAUGGAUCAGUAGCACACCCUUUUGUUCUUUACCACUCUAUGUAGUAAUGGCCCCUUUUUCAUUCCUAAUAUUGGUAACUUUUGCUCUACUUUUAUUUUGUCAUGGAUAUUCAGUCUUGUAAUGGUUUUAUCAAUCUUACCAGUUUUAUUAAUUUUUUAUAAUAACUAUUACUUUUGGUAAUUCUUUCUAUUAUAUAUUUGCUUUCUAAUUUGUUAAUUUCUUUUUUCUUUUUCUUUUUUUUAGUUUCUACUUCUCUGAUUAAGUUCUUUAUCUGUCAUCUAAUAUUUUGGACAUAUUAUUCAUAGUUAUUUCAGAAUCCAAGUCUAAUAACUCCAGUAUCUAUACUUCCUUCAUACAGCUCUUUCUCAGGUCUUUUUUAUUACUAAGUAAUAUUCCAUUAUAUGGGCACACCAUAAUUUAUCUAUCCAACUGUAUGUACAUUUGGGUUGCCUCCUGUUUUGUCAUAUUGUGAAUAAAGCAGCUAUGAACAUUA